GUGCUGUAAGGAGAGUCUGCUGAUGUUUAAACUAUAAACCCCAGCAGCUCUUUAGUGGUAUUUUUUGCUGGAGAUAAACGAGAUUUAUAUGUAUCAGGGAUUCAUACAAAACUAUAUACAAAUAUAAAAAAGCAUAGCUCCUUUAAAGAUACAGAAAAUAGUGCUUAAAGAACCCAACAGAUUGAAAUAGGGAUUUCAAGACUAUCAGGAGUGAAUAUCAGAUACAGCAAAUAGCUGAAGCUGAUGUUCACAAGGACAAGAGUCACGUGAUGUAUGAAGGCAAACACAUACACUUCUCGGAGGUGGACAAUAAGCCAUUGUGCUCGUACAGCCCAAAGCUCUGCAAGCAGCGCCGGCUCAACGGCUACGCCUUCUGUAUCCGCCACGUCCUCGAGGACAAGACCGCCCCCUUCAAGCAAUGUGAAUAUGUGGCCAAGUACAACAGCCAGCGCUGCACCAACCCCAUCCCCAAGUCAGAAGAUCGCAGGUACUGUAAUAGCCACCUGCAGGUGCUCGGGUUCAUCCCGAAAAAGGAGCGCAAAAAGAAAAAUGACCCGAUGGAGGAGAUCCGGUCGCGGCCUCAUCUGGAGUCGGUGGCGCUCAACAUCACAGUGCCCUCGCUGGCCCUGAAGACACCCAACGGGUUGGACGGGCCAGCGCUGUCUUCCCCCAGGUCACGGCUGCCAGUGCCAUUCCCAGAAGCGGAGCUCUUGGACCCCUUCGCCUUCCACGAGGACGACACCGACGGCGACGAGGCUGCCCCCAGGAAAGGUUUGGCCGUCAGGAAGAAAUUGCAGAGCAAGCUGGCGCUGAACCAGCGGCUGCGGCUCCGAGAAACCACCGCAGAGAUCUUGAAAAUCCAACCAGAGCACUUUAGCCCUUCUCCUGCACCUUGUCCUCCUCGGCUUCAGCAACAGCACCACCACCAACAUCAACAACAACAACACCACCACCACCACCACCACCACUCUCCUCCUCAUCCCCAUCCCCAUCAUCAACAGCAGCCUCCCCAGCCCCAGCCCCAGCACUCCUUCCACAUUUCACCUUUACCAACCCCCCCUUCCUGCCUCCCAGGAUUGCAACUGGGCUUAAUAUGCAAGCCGCCUCCACCUCAGACCAGCAGUCUGCCGGCACAGGGAUUGACCCCAGGCACCGCACCGACAAUAGCACAACAAGCUGGGCACUCCCCUAGCAAGAAACCGCUCGCUGACGUUUUCCUCCCGCCCACAUUACUGCCUCCAGCACCAACCGCUGUUAUGGACUCGCCCAAACCCAAGGUUGUCAUUCUCAAACCCACCAACUUUACUCCUCCCCCUGCCUGCCUCAGCAGGCUUCAGAGACUGGUAAAACUGUGCACCCAACACCAGCAGCAGGAUGGAGAUCUCUUUCCACAUUUAGGACUGGAUUGGUCAGAAGACAGUGCAGAAGAUGACGAUGAAGUGGAGCAUUUACCACCAUAUCAGUAUGCCUGGAGAUUACGGGAAACAUAUUCACAGGACAACUCAGAAGAUGAAGUUGGGGCUUCAAGAAGUAACAGGCUAGCUCGACUUUGCACUUAUCUGCAGCAGAAAUACAAGCACCUCUGCCGCCUGGAGAGGGCAGCAACGCGCAAGAAGAGAUGCCAAUAUGCCUUUCGAAAGGCCCUGCUCCAUGCGGCCAGUAAAGACCCAGACUGUGCAGGACAGCUGAUUCAGGAACUCCGAAUGGCCACUCGGACACAGACCAGUGUGAGACAACCAGAGAGAAGGGACACAAACCCAGGGCUCUGUACAGGGAAUAUCAAGGGCCAAGCAUGCACCAACCAGGCACUCCCCUUCACCAGGCACUGUUUUCAGCACAUUCUGCUGAAUCGAUCACAGCAGCUCUUCUCCAGCUGCACUGCCAAGUUUGCGGAUGGUCAGCAGUGUUCCAUUCCCGUUUUUGACAUCACGCAUCAGACACCGCUAUGUGAGGAACAUGCAAAGAAGAUGGAUAAUUUCCUGCGGGGUGACAGUAAUCGCAAAAUUCAACACCAGCAACAACGCAAACCCAGGAAGAAAACGAAGCCGCCGGCCCUCACCAAAAAACACAAGAAGAAGCGGAGGAGAGGACCACGCCGACCUCAGAAACCCAUUCCACCUGCUGUCCCACAGGGGAACCUCGGCAUGCCCUCCAGCCUCGCACUGCCGGCACAGGCAGCUAGCAUCAGGAGUCCCUCGACCCCAGAGUUGAGUACAGAUGAGCUUCCUGAUGACAUCACCAAUGACAUCUCGGACAUUCCAAACGACCUUGAGCUGAAUCAGGAGGAUUUUUCAGAUGUCUUGCCAAGGCUGCCCGACGACCUACAAGACUUUGAUCUGUUUGAAGGUAAGAAUGGUGAGCUCCUUCCCACCACGGAGGAGGCAGAGGAGCUGGAGCGUGCACUGCAGGCCAUGACAUCCUACACAGCCUCUCUGGAAUGCCUGAGUUCGAUGGGUGAACUCACCCAAUCCGACACUGUGGGCGUUCAGGAGCUCUCAGUCCACCGGGGAAUGGGGGUCUUCUCCACACCAGCCGUCUCUGGCAGCGGCAUGGCCUCCCUCGGCCGAGCGGUGGUCAACAGUGAGCUAGGAGACCUCCUGAACGGCCGCAUCCCUUCUGAGAACUUCUCCAGCCUGGAGCUGGAUGAGAACUUGCUCCACUCGGCCAAUGGCCAGUUCCCUGCACCCCCUCCUCCAGCUCCCUCUUCCUCCACCGUCAGCCUUACCACUACUACCACGUCUAACCCGCUCCUCAUCCAUAGCCCAUUGGCUGAGCGGACGUUUCCCCCUUCACCCUUCCCUGGACUCCACGUGGGCAGCCACGUCUCGCCACGGACCCACCCCUCCCAACUGCUUGGCAAGGCAGAGGAGCUUCUUUCCCCCCGACAGCAAUACAGCAGUGAGCACUCGCACUCUUCUCCCCAUGGCAGCCAUUACAGUAGUGAACAUGUGUCCUCCCCCUACAGUGAUCACAUAACCUCCCCCCACCCCACCUCCUUCUCUAUGGGUGACAGCAGCAGCAUGGCAGCUACCUUCCAAGCAGAGGCACCACUCAUGGUGCCCCCUAUUCUUUCGGGACAGCUGGAGGUGCCCCAUAGUGGGGUCCCAAUCAACCCCCGCCCCCAGUGGAACAAUAUCUCCAUGAACCUGACUGACCCCAUCCAGUUUGGCCACCUCAUUGGAUCUGAUGGGCACCUGAUCUCCACCUCGCUCUCCACUCCCCCCUCCACCUUGCACUCAGUGACCGUUCAGCCCUCGCCAGCCCUACCAGCGCUGCCCCAGUCGAACUUUAGCAGCCUUCCCGCAGCAAUGGGCUCUUCAGCCGCCCCCUCCUCCUCUUCCCACGACAUCUUGACUUCCAACCCCCCUAAGCAGCAGCUUCCUCAGUUCAGCGCCGCCUUCGGCCACCAGCUGUCCUCACACAGCGGCAUCCCCAAGGACGUUCAGCCCAGCCACAGCUCCACAGCACCCCCCACUGGCUUCACAGUUGCAGGGGCGACCGCCGCAAGUGCCAGCAAUGUGACGUCACCUUUUACCACGCAGAAGUGAGUUUAACACUGGAUGUGUACACACCGGAAGAACGGGGUCAGGGUUUCAAACAAAUUUAAACAAAAACAGGUGGACUGUUUCAUUUUUACUAUAACAGAAGCAUGGAACUACCAUUAAUGUAGGCUUGGGAUUUACCACCAUGUGUUAAGAGUUUUAACCUUAAAGUCUAAUGCAUGAUAUUUCCAUGGUAGUCUCUCAUGAACUCACUAGUGUUUGUCAAAUCUUAUGUUAUCCCCAAAAGACUCAGUGGUCUCCAAGCUAUGUACUAAUUGCUAAAAGUUGAAAUAUUACAGUGCUGCAUUUUAUUUACUUGCUCCUUUUAAAGCAACAAACUAGUUUAAUUGUGUCUUACUUCUCCUUUGUGUUUUUUUGCUGCAUUUUUGCUUUAAAUAAGUGUGAUCAUUAUGCUAUGUUAUAUUGUAGGCUUCAGACAGCCUUGACACUAUAUAAUACCUGAUUAAGAUGCCUAUGGCCAGUUGCGUAAAACACAAAGUUAAAUUUCCCCUUAGUUUUCCUGUUGUGUUCCUUGAGAUCAGACAAUACCCUAGUUGAAGGAAAUUGUAUCCUUAAGUGUUAUAGUUAAAUGUAAUACUUGAGGUGUUUUAUCCAACCAGCCCCCGGUUCCUAAUUGCUUGUAUGUAAAAAUGAGAUAUAUACAUAGAAAAACUGCAGCAAUAUCUAAAGCAAAUGAAGCAAAAUACAUUGUAAACACGUGCUUCAUAGUGCAGUAUACGUGAUGUGAAGAAUCUCCCCUUAUUCUUAUAUUUUAUAUGAACUGUUUUGGCUCAGUAUGUCAAAAGCACUUAGUAAAUGUUUGGUACCAACUGAAGAAAUGAAUGGAAGAUUCUUCUACUCAUGUAAUUAUCGAGACUCUGGAUUAGGUGAAAGGUUAUGCCUCUGUCAUAGCUCAGUCAUGGUUGUGGCAGGACCAUCAUUUUGAUUUAAUCUAGUUUGAAGGAGCACUUUUUUAAAAGAUUCAUAAUUUCUUUAGUGCAUACAAAGUGCACACCGAAAUUCAAAAGCCAUUCAGGUUUAAUAACUCGCAGAUGGCCACAAUAAUGGGGCUGUUUCUUCAGCUACCAGCAAUUAAGUAGUGUCCGUCUGUCAGUAUAUCCAGUUGUGGACUAAUAUGGUUAAUUGACCUUUAAGUAAAUUCAUGAGUGAUUUAUUUAUUUUUUAAAUUUAUUUAUUUCAGGCAAUAAUCUUAAGUAGACCACAAAUAUAGCUUGGUCCCAGACAGAAGAAAAAUGCUUGGAAGUCAUUAUUUGAAGCUCAGUUGGGUAGAAUACUGUUACCAUGGUGAUUCUGACCAAUGGCGCCCCCCUGGUCUGUUUUAUAUUUGUUUGUUUGUUUGAAAUCCAAUCCCCACCACUGGAACCCUGGUUCUGAUGAAGCAAAACUAAGGGGGUCAUCACAGUGCAAAGCUGUGAAGCACAAAAGACUGGGAGUCACUGGGUCAGCAAAAUCUAAUACACAUACGCUGAAGAAAGUGAUAGCUGUAUUUUUCAAGAAACAGUCCUCGCCCAAACAUUUAUUUAGCUGUGAGCACCAUAAAACUUAAAGGCAAGUGGAGGAAUUAAAAAAAAAAAAAAAAAAAAAAAAAAAAAAAAUCAAGGACAUUUCAGUUUUUAACAUGUAGGUGUCUUAAAAAUGUCAUCUUGCUGUGCUCAUUUGAUAUGAGUAGGAAGCUCUGAAAAAACUUCUACAGUACUUUCUAAAUGAUGCUACUUUACCAAAGUGCAAGAUUAACUCGCUACGUAACCCAUGCUAGAAACAUUAUUCCUUGAAACUGACAUAAUGUAUAAUAGAAUUAGAUCUUCAUAUUUUGGGGGCCCAUUUGAACCUGAAAGUUUGCUUUCAUUUUUAAUGUUGAAUAGGAAACAUUUAAAACAUAAAAACACAAUAUUUUAUUCUUGUUUUUUUAUUAUUAUUAUUCUAGUAGAUAGUUAAAACCACUUUUAAUCUGCACAUGUUUUUCUAUUGUAAGUCUCAGACAUUUUAAUGACUUAUUUGAAAAUGAAAAAUAAAAUUGACGUAAAAAAAUGCAGUAACGCUAUGAGCAUUUUUUGAUGUAAUGGGUCUAAUAUCGAAUGUUAGACUAGGGUUGAUAUCUUUCAAUGCAGUUAAUGGUCUAGUAAUCUGCAGUAUUUUAACAAUCAUACAUGUUGGGAUUGCUUGCCUUUUUGUAUUUAUGUUUGUGUAUACAUUGACAAAAUGCGGGGGGAAAUCAAAGUCAUUGUUUAAGAGCACUUUGACAUCUGUGACUAAUUUUGUGCACUGUUUCAUGAAAAAUACAGAAAUGUGUAAAGGAAAAAUUUUUGGCUGGGGUUUUGAUGCAAGAGCUUUUUCGAGGUAGGCUUUAUGGUAUGAAGUGGUGAAGUUAUUUUAUUAACACGGUGCCACCUGCUGAAAAGGUAAAACCAUUGCAGUUUUUAAAGUGUCGGACAGGAUAGCCAGAAAUGUUUCUUUUGUCAAAGCGUCCUGGUAAAAACAACCAAAUCUAGGGUUUAAAAAUGUGUACAAUCCUCUGGUGCUUUUUUGGUUAUCUAUGGCCUUGAAGGGAACAUAAAGUACAAGUUUAAAUUUGUCCCAUUUAAAUGAGAUAAAGUUAACACAUUACAAAGUUAAUGCUACAUUUCAUGUGUCUUUUUUGGUUAUUUGGCUGGGCUGGGAUGGGGUGAAAGAUUUAAGUCAGUGUACCUGAUUUGUGUGUUUACCGUGCAAUUAAGGCUGCUUUUGGGAGGGGGGGGUAGUGGUGUUUGGGUGUCUUAACAAAUAAAUGUAUCUAGAAUUUGUCAGGUGGAUAAGAAUAAGACUUUUUUCGUGGUCCGUAGCUAGCAGCAUCUACUGUUAUACACUGUUAUAGUCCUUUAUGUAAUCUACUAGAACAUAAUUCAAGGUGGUGUAGGGAGGUAGAUUAUCCCAAUGUUUGGUGGCCUGCAAAGUCCAAAGUCAUUUGCUUGCUUGCUGGAUACGAGAGGCUGUUUGUUAGUUUCACUCCUUAGUUAGCCAGAAUAAAUAUAGUCAUUGUAGUAGUAAUAGUUGUGAUACCUUAUAUAAAGUGCCUCUCUUGUAUUGUUUGUUUUUCUGAAUGUAAUUCCAUUAGUUAUCCAACAGAUGGUGCUGAUGAAGAACAGCUUUAAACACUGCACAAUUUUUAUUUUUAAUAUAUAUUUCCAUUUAUGUGUCCUCCCCUACAGUGAUCACAUAACCUCCCCCCACCCCAGUGCAGAAAUGUACUGAAAUGUACCUAAAGCUGUACUGUUUUUCCAUAGGCUAAACUAAAUAGCAAUAAAGCCUGUAAAAUUUCAGAAUAGAACUGCCUCCAUUAUGUUGAAUAAAGUCAGUGCUGCUGCUCUUUGGCGCAGUGCUUAUGGCAACUGUUAUUAUAAACCCUGUAUGCCAUUUAAAUAUUUAAUUCUUUUAUGUAUUGGGACUUUAGUACGACUAACAUGGGCUGUAAAAUGUAGGUACUUUCAUAUAAGUGUUGCAAAAGCCUCUCAAAUAUGAAAGAUAUUAGGGCCCACAAUAAUUGA